AUGACUUCCUCAAGCAAGGAAGCUAACCAUCUUCAGAUCCCGUGGUAUGAGGACUUCACUCCUUGUCAGUUUGACUGGGCAGAUGAUGUGGAGGACUCCCUCGAGAGGGGAGAUUCGGGUAGCAAGGAUACGGCGGGCCUUGAAAAGCCCAUUGACCAAACUGUGAAGAAAGAAGUCUUCACAGACUUGAGCCCAUCUCGUUUCAACUGGGCAGAUGAUGUCGAGGACUCUCUCGAGAGGGGAGAUUGCUCCGACAACCCCACAGAGAGCCUGGAUUGCCAGCUCUACCGCACGCAUCCCUGUACUUCACAGGUUGAUCUCACUCGGAGCGAGCUAAUCGGUCCACAAUUCGAACGAUCGAUUCUUCCUACAGUAUUCGAGGAAGGCGAAGAGGGCGACUGCAGCCUUUCAGAACGGAACAGCAGGGAGCCUAAUUCGCCUUUAGACUCCAGGGAUGACGAGGUUCCUUCUGGGGACAAAAACGACAACGAGACGGACGAAGGACCCCUCGCCUUCCUUCAACAGUGUUAUGAUGAGCUAUACGCGGAAAGAGAGAAGUCUCUGACAACAAAGGAAAUCAUACACCAUUUCAGCUGGGUCGGAUACCCUGUCUCGCACUACAGUGCAACAAAGCCCUCAGAAUCCCUGGCGAUCAUUCUCUCUGAUCCAAAGGCCCCACGGGGAUCAAGCAAAUACCGGAUCCAAGCGAUAACCGACAACGCGCUUCCACUGGUAGAUCCGGUUGUCUUGUACUUGGAUGGAAUCGGCCACAGACUUUUCCAGCUCAGAGGGUCGCAGCUGAUCAAAGCUUCUGAAGGGCGGGUAUUCAAGUUUUACUCCCCGCAUGGACUCUGGAUGGAUGACACCAGAGAAACCGAAGAAGAUACCGCAUACGACCCUGGAUCUUUGGCCGCCUAUCAAGACAGCGAUGCAGUUGUCGGGAACGGCUUUCAUGUCGCAAGUCUCAUACGCCCCGUUCCUCACUGGGAAAACCAGCGGCUAGAGGCUUUCGAAGAGGCUGAAAGAUGCCGUGGACCACCACGCCGCAGGACAUGGGAGCCAAGACUGUCGCCCCUGAGCCAAUGUGAGACAAUUCCGACUGUGGAGCUACCUCAAAGGAACGACGGACAGCCAAAGUCAUCAUCAUUGACGGAAUGUGAGAUGCCCACGCCCCUGGAACUCCCUGGAAACAGAAGCCCGCUAAGCAACUCGAUAUCACCAAGUCUGUUCGAUAUCAUCAAGCCCACGGGAUUGACCGAUGCUCAUGCCCGGGCGCGCAAAUUAUCCGACUCCAGCAAGUGUGAGACCGCUGUGUCUGUCGAAACUCCCCAGGCGGCAUUCACGCCUUCUUCCAAGCCGGUGGAGUUGACUGAUGCCCAUACCCAGGCGCGCAAACCAUCCGACCCCGGAAAGUGUGGGGCCACUGUGACUGUGCCUGUCGAAACUCCCCAGGCGAAAUCCGCGCCACCUACCAACCCCGUCGAAUUGACUGACGAACUAUCCGACUCCAGCAAGUGUGAGACCACUGUGCCGACAGCAUUCACGCCUUCUUCCAAGCCUGUAGAAUUGUCUGGUGCCCACACCCAGGCGCGCAAACCAUCCGACCCCGGAAAGUGUGAGGCCACUGUGCCUGUCGAAACUCCCCAGGCGGCAGUAACGCCUUCUUCCAAGCCUGUGGAACUGACUGAUGCCCAUACUCGGGCCCGUAAACCAUCCGACUCCAGCCAGUGUGAGACCACUGCGCCUGUCGAAAGCCCCCGGAAAACUUUGACGUCUUCUACCACGCCAAAGAAACGGCCUUGGAAGCCCCGUACAACCAUCCCUCUUUCUCAAGCCACGACUGUUUCUAAGGAUGGACACCACGAAGUUGUUUCUUUCCCUCCUCCAGUCUUCCGCCGCCCUUCGAAAACAAAGCGUGUUCUCAAGGCUGUGAUGCGCAUUAUGGGAAAGGUGGUGUACGCAUACACGGUUUAG